GGAGGGGCUGAGAGGCGAGCAGGGGAGGGGGCGCCGCCCAGCCCCUAGUCCCGAGCCCCGAGCCCCGGCCCCCUGCCCGCGGCGGCACCAUGCGCGCUGAGCCGGCGUGACCGGCUCCGCCCGCAGCCUCCCCGCAGCCCAGCCCGGCGCUCUCGCUGGCCACACCGAGCGGCGCCCGGGAGCUAUGAGCCAUGAAGCCGCCCGGCAGCAGCUCCCGGCGGCCGCCCCUGGCGGGCUACAGCCUUCCCCGAGCCUCCGGCGGCCCCCGCGGCGGCCCCGCCGGCCCGGCGCCUGCCCGCGCCCUGGCCCGCGCGCCGCCCUGCCGCCUGCUCCUCGUCCUUCUCCUGCUGCCUCCACUCGCCACCUCGUCCCGGCCCCGUGCCUGGGGGGCUGCUGCACCCAGCGCUCCGCAUUGGAAUGAAACUGCAGAAAAAAAUUUGGAAGUCCUGGCAGACGAAGACAACACAUCGCAACAGAAUAGCAGCAAUGAUACCAGUUACAGGAAUGCAAUGCAGAAAGAAAUCACACUGCCUUCAAGACUCAUAUAUUACAUCAACCAAGACUCGGAAAGCCCUUAUCAUGUUCUUGACACAAAGACGAGACACCAGCAAAAACAUAACAAGGCUGUCCAUCUGGCCCAGGCAAGCUUCCAGAUUGAAGCCUUUGGCUCCAAAUUCAUUCUUGACCUCACACUGAACAAUGGUUUGCUGUCUUCUGAUUAUGUGGAGAUCCACUAUGAAAAUGGGAAACCACAGUACUCUAAGGGUGGGGAGCACUGUUACUAUCACGGAAGCAUCCGAGGUGUCAAGGACUCCAGAGCAGCUCUCUCAACCUGCAACGGACUUCAUGGUAUGUUUGAAGAUAAUACCUUUGUAUAUAUGAUAGAACCACUGGAGCUGAUUCAUGAUGAAAAAAGCACAGGUCGACCACAUAUAAUCCAGAAAACCUUGGCAGGACAAUAUUCUAAGCAAAUGAAGAAUCUCAGUAUGGAAAGCAGUGACCAGUGGCCCUUUUUAUCCGAAUUGCAGUGGUUGAAAAGGAGAAGAAAGAGAGCAGUGAAUCCGUCUCGUGGUGUGUUUGAAGAAAUGAAAUAUUUGGAACUUAUGAUUGUUAAUGAUCACAAAACGUAUAAGAAGUAUCGCUCUUCUCACGCACACACCAAUAACUUUGCAAAGUCUGUGGUCAACCUUGUGGAUUCUAUUUACAAGGAGCAGCUUAAUACCAGGGUUGUCCUGGUGGCUGUAGAGACCUGGACUGAGAAGGAUCAUAUUGAGAUCACCACCAACCCUGUGCAGAUGCUCCAUGAGUUCUCCAAAUACCGGCAGCGCAUUAAACAGCAUGCUGAUGCUGUGCACCUUAUCUCGCGUGUGACAUUCCACUAUAAGAGAAGCAGUCUGAGUUACUUUGGAGGUGUCUGUUCUCGCACAAGGGGUGUUGGCGUGAAUGAGUAUGGUCUUCCAAUGGCAGUGGCACAAGUAUUAUCGCAGAGCCUGGCUCAAAACCUUGGAAUCCAAUGGGAACCUUCUAGCAGAAAGCCAAAAUGUGACUGCACAGAGUCCUGGGGUGGCUGCAUCAUGGAAGAAACAGGGGUGUCCCACUCCCGGAAGUUCUCAAAGUGCAGCAUUUUGGAAUAUAGAGACUUUUUACAGAGAGGGGGAGGAGCCUGUCUUUUCAACAGGCCGACAAAGCUAUUUGAGCCCACAGAAUGUGGAAAUGGAUAUGUGGAGGCUGGAGAAGAAUGUGACUGUGGUUUACAUGUGGAAUGCUAUGGAUUUUGCUGUAAGAAAUGCUCUCUCUCCAAUGGGGCUCACUGCAGCGACGGGCCCUGCUGUAACAAUACCUCAUGUCUUUUUCAGCCACGAGGGUAUGAGUGUCGGGAUGCUGUGAAUGGGUGUGAUAUUACUGAAUAUUGUACUGGAGACUCCGGCCAGUGCCCACCAAAUCUUCAUAAGCAAGACGGAUAUGCAUGCAAUCAGAAUCAGGGCCGCUGCUACAACGGGGAGUGCAAGACCCGAGACAACCAAUGUCAGCACAUCUGGGGGACGAAGGCUUCAGGGUCUGACAAGUUCUGUUACGAAAAGCUGAACACAGAAGGCACAGAGAAGGGAAACUGUGGGAAGGAUGGAGACCGAUGGAUCCAGUGCAGCAAACAUGAUGUGUUCUGUGGAUUUUUACUCUGUACCAACCUUACUCGAGCUCCACGCAUUGGUCAACUUCAGGGUGAGAUCAUCCCAACUUCCUUCUACCAUCAAGGCCGAGUGAUUGACUGCAGUGGUGCUCAUGUGAUUUUAGAUGAUGAUACAGAUGUGGGCUAUGUAGAAGAUGGAACGCCAUGUGGUCCAUCCAUGAUGUGUUUAGAUCGGAAGUGCCUACUGAUUCAGGCCCUAAAUAUGAGUAGCUGCCCACUUGAUUCCAAGGGUAAAGUCUGUUCAGGCCAUGGGGUGUGUAGUAAUGAAGCCACCUGCAUCUGCGAUUUCACCUGGGCAGGGACAGACUGCAGUAUCCGGGAUCCAGUUAGGAACCUUCACCCCCCCAAGGAUGAAGGACCCAAGGAAACUCUCUAAAAGUAAGAAAAAACCCCCAACUACUCAGUUUCAAAAGCGCAAUUUCACGCUAUCUGAAGCAUGACUUGUCUGUGGAAGAAUUCUACAUAUAAAGUAAGAAUGUCUUAAGAAAAGGAGAAAAUUUACAGUUUGUAUCUUAAUAUUAUAUACUUAUCCAAAAUUCUGCCUGUUAGCACAUGUGAGCCUAGGUAGCAGGGAAGCAACACUAAAAACAAUGAUAAUAAUAAACCAACAAACAUCAGAAUUUAAUAAAACAAAAAUGAGGACAUAUUGCUAGAAAAUAAUUUCCACAAACAAGUUAUAAUACAAAGGUAAGUAUGUUAAAGAAUUAGGAAACAAAGUCGCAUCCCUAAUAGGGGCAUUGCGUUAUUAGUUAUGAGUCUUUACAAGUUUCAUCUCCAGGUUUGGUGUAAUGCAAAGAAAGUGAGGUGUAUCAUCAUGUACCCAGCAUAGUUCCUGGGACAAAAAGCACAUCUAGUAGAUAAUGAAUGAACAAAUAGAUGCGUGAAUGAAUGAACAAUUACAGUUACAUCGUAAAUAAAUUAGUAUAGAGGUAAAAAGGAGAGCAUAGACCCCCAAAAGUCCAAGGGAGUUUUUUUUUUCAAUAAGAAGGUAAAUCCUUUGUAGCUCUGGGGAGCAGCUGAAACCUGUUUUCAAAUUUGUCCCCUAUAAAAACCUACCCACUUGUGAGCCAGGCAAUUCGUUCAUGUCAAUUUAAAAGCAGGUUGAGUCACUGCGCGCUGGAAGAAAUAACCCUGUUAAGUAUCGCGAUCAAGAGUCAAGUGUAUUUUACAUACCUUUGCAGUACACCAGAAUUAAAGGUAGCGGGCAAACAAGGAGGAGGGGGAAGACUUUUGAAAAAGCUUUUUUCCCCACUUAUUUUGUCUUGUUUUGGUGCUAGCAGUGGUUAUCAGUUGAGAAUUGGGAGAUAAUUAUUCUUGCUCAGCAGAGAUUAUAGACUGUAUCUGUUUCUCUGGAAUGCACAUUUGAAGUGUCUGUAGGGAUGCCUUGCUCCUCUGGUUGGUUUCUAACACCCACAUGAUGGAUUGCCUAAUUCUCUUUAUGCUACAGAGAGGAAUUAUAUCUGUAGCAAAUAAAAAGGCCUUUUUAAAUUGUUAUUCAUCAUUUAUGCAGUUAUAAUUUUUAAAAAUUAACACACAUUCAUUUACUACCACAUUUUACAGGUGUGUGUGUGUGUGUUUUUCCUGCAAUUUAGCAUAGGUAGCUUAUAUAAACAUUGAAGAGUUAAUAGGAGUUUCAGGUAUUUUGGCUCUGAGGGCCAAUGCCUAAAUCUUAAGCAAAAAAAAAAAACCCCAAAACCCCCCAAAAAACCCAAAUUGUAAUAUAAUAUGUCCUUGUUAAUUUAGUAUUCUGAAGGCAAUUAUUUUCUAAGAUCUUAAAAAAUGAGUAUUUAUAUUUAUAGUACCUUUCAUUCCAGCAUUUGCCUCCACAGUUUAGAAAUCUGAGAUAUGGUUUGGUUAUUUUGAAUUCUAAUGUACUGUCAUAUCUGGAAAACAUCACCACCACCUUGUAUGUUGGUCUUUUUUCCAUUCCCCUCAAUGCUCUCGGUAGACUUUCUGUUUUCUGUUGUGUUUCUGUUUUUUGUUUUUUGUUUUUUGUUUUUUUUUUUUGCUUUUUAUUAACAACUCAGGUUGUGCCUAGCUAAGGAUAAAAACUAGAAUCUCUCACUCUUAUGGUUUGCCCUGCGAUUAAGUGGAUGUCCCCCUACUCACCAGCGUUGGCGAUCAAGGUUCUCUCUCUUCUUUGGGAGAGUAGUUGGACCCAAAAGGUCAAUGAACACAAUACUAAGCCUUAAAAAACUGUGAGUUCAAAUCAUGGCUCUUUGUUUUCCUUCACCGUCUCACAGCACACAAUCUGUGCCAUGCAGCCUUGUCAAAGUUAAUCUCUCUUUUCAUUAGUAAAGUGAUUUGAAGCCAGCGCUUUUGAUCGCAUGAAGAUAGGAGAUAAAGUGUGUAUAUGUCCACACGCUUGCACGCGCGCACACACACAGACACAGUCAAUCUUAAAUAAUCUGCCUUCCUGCCCCAGCACUAAACUUCUUGGCUGUGUGGCAAGCAGCCUGGGCACCUCUGGGCAGUGAAGACCCUUUUUGCAACAUCUGAAAGCUCAGAGCUCAGCACGGAAGUGGUGAUGUGCAGGGGUGGAGUGUCUCCAGUCAGUAAUCUACCAUUGGGUGAUCUGAAGCAAUCAGUGCUUCCCAGCGACCCUGACUUUCUCUGAGUGCAUAGUUUAUGCCCUGCAAACUGUAAACAACAACAACAACAACAACAACAACAACAACUAAACACCCAAAGACUGUGCCAGAAACCCGAACAUUGCAGAGUUAUGUGCAAUACACUUUUCCAGGUGAAAAUGUACUUAAUUUUAAAGAUAGUCUUUUAAAUUUGUAGGAUUUUCAUAAAAAUGAACGUAAGUUCUAAAGUUUGAAAAGAUGCAGCUUCUUAGGUGUAUUUUACAGUUUGAGAAGUUUGUGAAGUAUGCUAACGGUCUGUUACUUUGGAAUUAAAAUCCAGACUUGCUGUUAUGCUGUUUAAAUGACAUUUUCAUUCCAACUCAUUCCUUGUAGGAACUGUAACUCAAAUUAGAUUAUUUAUAUGUUUAACAGUAUUUAUAAGAGAGGAUUUUUUAAGUAGGGUUUGUAGAGUUUGAAGUUAAAUUAGCCUCAACAUUAUUCUCCAGUAUUUUCAAUGUGUAUGUACACCUUCAUUUUAAAUUUUAAAGCAGAGGUGUCAGUAUUUAACUGACUUUCAAAGCAUUUCCUGACUAGAUUAUGUUGUGUGUUAGCGCAGUGUGUGAUUCGUUUCCUUUGUUAAAACCAUCUCCGUUUUCCCUCCACACAGUGCACAUGACCACAAGCAGGCUAAUAGGUGCUGUGGCAGGCACCAUUCUGGCCCUGGGGGUGAUUUUUGGAGGCACAGGGUGGGGAAUAGAGUAAGCAUCUUUGUGAGUCUCAGAGUGUUUCUGUUUGGUUCCCGGUGUGUGAACUGACUGCUGGUACCUAAUCCCCACCGCGUGUUGUCUCGUUGACGUGUUCCCCUUGCAAGUGCACCUUGUGGUGUUAUUUGGAUGUGUCUGUGUCGUGUGGUUUCCUCGUGCAGUGAAGAACCUUCUCCUGUCUGGAACAAUGUGGGGCAUAAAAUAAUAUUGGGGUGCUUAUGAUGUCUUCACAAUUGAGACGAUGGUCCAAAAGCUUCCAUUGUUCUUCUACUUACAAAAGUAAUUUUAAGAUACAGACCUUUUAUUGUCAUUAUUUUUUAUUGACAAAAAAUGCUUUUAUGUGAGUGUUUUAUUAGUAUUCUUGAAAUGAAUGCAAUCUUCACCGAAUAAAUCCAUGUUUACAGCUGGGAAUUAUUAAUAGUUGCAGCUUCUUUUGAAGAUAAUUUGAGUGAUAGUCACUAAUAUUCCCUCCAUGUAUUUAAAGUGAUAUGGGAAGCUUUGGCUUAACUUUUUAAAGAAGAUACUUAGUAUAUUGCCUUCAUUUUUAAAAUAUAAAAUAGAUUGAUAAUUCAAAUUAGAUGCUUCCAUAACUGUGUGGGACCAAAGAGUGUGAAGAAGAAAAAGAUAUUUAUCCAAACCGGCAAAACCUUAAGGGGAGUAGUUGCAGAUUAUCUGGUGGCUUUGUCUUAAAAAUAGCCAGUGCACAAAUAAAUUGUGUGUCCCUGGCCCGUGUUGAUCUUUCACAGAAAUACAGGUCUUCUGGUACCUCUAUUAAGGUUGCUGUGUACUUGAUCCAAGCCUCAGAAUAGCUGUCAGUUCUCCAUGGGAUAUUAUUUUCAUGAAGUUGCUGAUCUGUAGACUAAAAGGUUUUCGUGAUUCCCCCCUCUCUCUAAUUACAGGAAGAACAUUUACAAAUGACAGAAAUACCCUUUCCCAUGCUGUCUUUGUGUUCACGGGGAUGGGUGACACUUCACAGUGGCCCCAGAUGAAUUACUGGUAUCUUAAGGAACCACCAGAUAGCCUCUACUCAACCUGUCCAAACCAUGGGCACGUUGAUCAUGUAACACGCAUUCCUCCUUAGUCCCAGUGAUUGUGGCCCACAGAUGCCCUUCCAUACCAGUACUGGGAGACCCAGACACCGAAAUAGUACAAGGAAAGCAGGCCUGUAGUUCCCACUCUGUGUGGAAGAUUACCCGAACCUUCUCUCCCCUGGUUUGAAGGACUUUGACUAGAUUUACAACUGCCAACUCACCUCCCAUGGGUACAGACUGUGAACUAGUUAACCCAGGGCAGCUAGAAAGACUGGAAAAGAUAUUUUGUUUCUCUUUACCUAUUAGAAUAUAAAGUUUUAGAGCAGAGGUAACAUUCAGAGAAAACAAAAACUUUGCCUUGUAAAAUUUCACCUUAGGUCUGCUGACUGGAUUACCUAUAGAAGUAACAUUCCUUUUCCAGGGGAAAUUCUAUACAUACAUUUAUGUGAAAUUCCUCCUUGAAGAAAGGUAGUUUUUGAAAAAAUCAUCCCAAGUGUGGUUUUAGAUUAUUUAUUGACCAUAAUUGUGAUGUGCUGCAAAGUACCAACUAAGGGAUGAAUUUUAAUAACUUUCCCUUUGAGUCUUAGAGCUAGGCAACCCCCAAGGCAUUUGUUGUAAAGCAUAGUCCUUGUGACCAGUGUCUGUUUUCAUCAUCCCUUCCAGUCUUGUUGGUUUGUGGCUAUUUCUGGUUGUGACAGGUAAGUCUGUAUAAGUGUGUUAUUUUUUCUAAAAAUAGAUUUGUUAUUUAUCAUUCUUGGCUUAUGCACUAUUUUUUGUUUAUUAGUUUACUGAUUGUUUUCCUUCAAAUUCUAAAUUUUGUCAUAAUUGCUAAAUCAUACAGUUUUUUAAAAAAAACCCAUGAUAGUACAGUAUACAUUGUUUUAACACCUCCUGGCUUAGCUAGUAGUGUAAUGUUCAUUUAGUCACUAAGGAUUCCGUGAAUAGAAGGUUUGGAAGUUUUUUGUUUGUUUGGGUUUUUGGGACCAGGGGGCAGGGGGUUAUUUCUACACCUUAGUUUAUAAUUGUAAAUCAGGACUCAUUUGUCAUGAAGUAUCUAUUGAUUCUAAUCCCAACCUGUCUUCUGAGCUAGUAAAGUACAAAUCAUGCCUAAAGCCUAAGGUACAUGGAAAUAUAAAUAUUUUCUAAAUGUUUAUUUCAAAAUAUGUUUCCUUGUUAAAAUGUGGGGAGGAAAUACAUAUAAGUGGACUGUUUCAUUAGAGCAGGGGUUAGCAAACUUUCUGUAAAGGGCCAGAAGGUAAAUAGUUUUGACUUUGCAGGCCACAGGAUGUUUGUCACAGCCUUGUGACUCUGCUGUCUUAGCAUGAAAGAAACUGUAAACCACAUGAAAAUGAAUUAGCGUGGCUGUGUUCCAACAAAAUUUCUUUGCAAACCAGUAAGUGGAGCCAGAUUUGGCCAGUGGGUUAUAUAGUUUGCUGACCCAUGAUUUAUAGCAUAAGCUUUCGAGUCAGACACAUCUGUGUUCAAAUCUUGCCUCUGUCACUACAUUCUAGAAGUCACUGUUUCUUCAUCUAAUAAACAGGGAUAGUCAUAAUUCUUACCCCGUAUGGUUUUUGUGAGGAUCCAGUGAGAUGUUUUGUCACAUGGUUAGACCCUCACCUGGUACACAGUGAGUGCUCAGUGUAGAGUAACUAACCUGCUUUGAUUGCUGUCACAUUACUCUUUAUUCUUAUUUGUGCAUUUCGGAAGGCCACUGAGAUUUGGGUUCUGUAGAACCUCAGUGGUUAGUCCUGAGAAUGAGUCACGAGCCCAUGCGCCCGAAGAGACCGCAUCCCCGAGACCCCCGCUGCAGCUGUCUCCCACCUUUCCACUCACCCUCACAAACCCUGAGUGGUCUCUGAGUAAAAACAUACAACACACACGAUUUUAGUGCUGCUAAAAGUGGCAUCCGUUUGUGUGCACAGUUGAGGGCACUGAUGUGAGCAGAAAAGAGAAUUUUUUUUAUGCAGAAAUGAACAUAUACACAAAGUCAAGGAUUUCAGGGGAAAUAGCAAAAUUGGCCUUAUGACUUCUGAAACGGGAUAUUCAGUUACGAUCGGAAGUAUUUUGUUGUUGGGGGCACUCUACCUGUUAGCAUCCGGAAGGAUGUGAGGUGCAGAAUAAUUCCUGUGCUAGUUAAUGUUGCUUACAUUUAAAAAUCGUGAGCUAAGGCAUUUUCCCCUGUGAGUGGAAAGGAUGUGCUGUCAUAUGCGUUAAGUCUUUCUUACUCGAUGGAAACCCCACUUUGUAUUUUCUUUCUUGCUGUCCUUUCUACUCCCUUUUUAAACUCUAUCUCCAGGCCUCGAAUUUCAAAUGGGAACUUGAAAGAUAGUCUCAGUUGAGCCGGCAGAAUCUUUUUUCCAUUUCUACAGAAUUACCCGGAUGAGUUUUCCGCUUCCUCCCUAUCUUGCCUUUGGAACCGCAAGUUGUUGUUUAAACACUGUAUGGAUCCUUACAGUGAAGAAAUGCCCCUCUGAGCACAAGGCUUUUAAGUCAGAUCUUUAUUAGUAACCUCCUUCUGACUUUUUUUUUUUAACGUUUAUUUAUUUUUGAGAGAGAGACAAAGUCAGAGACUUUGGAGGAGGGGCAGAGAGGGAGGGAGACAGAAUCUGAAGCAGGCUCCAGGCUCGGAGCUGUCAGCACAGAGCCCCACACGGGGCUCGAACUCAGGAACGGCGACGUAGUGAACCGCGAGGUCAGGACCUGAGCGGAAGUCAGACACUUGACCAACUAAGUCACCCAGGCCUCACCUCCUUCUGACUUCGAAAUGUUAAUUGUUUCCAAGUGGGGGCUAAAAAAACAAACCGUAGCCUUCCGACAACUUUGGGUGCUGCUUGAAAGAGCACUUUACUAGAAUAUUUUCCCUUCUUUUCCUGCCAUGAUUUGCCAGUAAGAUUGAGCUAAUUCUAAUGCAUCCAUGUUCUUUAUGUGCUCUUUUGCUUGCUUGAUUCAUGAUACUGGGAAAGAGGAGGAGAAGAAAGACUGGGGACGCUGGCAGUUGGGGCACAUUUGCUUCAAAUUCUGUGGAAGGUGAAUGGAACGGAACUUAACCGUCAGCGGUGCAGAAGCUUUAGAUUCAGAGGCAUUCGCGUCCAAGCAGUAGCUCUCCCUCGCAUCAGAAGUGCGAUUACACUAAGUCAAUCAAGGCGAUUUAAGCGUUUAGCAAUUUUUUAUGCAGGGUAUUUACUUCCGAAAAACCGCGUAACUGCCUUUCCCUUGUGGUGACGACAGUAGAUGGCUCAUAUGACUUUCUUCCCAUGAUCCUUUG